UGGCAGAGGUGCCGCCAAACGGAGGUAGAAGUCCAAUUUCACCCAACGCUCGGUAGCCACAGAGUUCAGUUACCGGCCAUCGCAACCAUGGAGAAGCUGCUGCUGUCCCAGCUUCUGUGUCUGCUCCUCAGUCCACUGAUCCCGCUCAUCCACUCCCAAAGGAGCACCCAACUGGACGAGCUGCGGCGACUGGGCUUGGGAAAUGUCGUCAAUGUGCCAUUCUUCAGCGAUGUGCCGCAAAGGAACUAUGACUUCAUUGUAGUUGGAGGCGGAGCAGCUGGCUGUACACUGGCCGCUCGUCUCUCGGAGAAUCCCAACUGGAGUGUGUUCCUCAUCGAGGCCGGUGGCGUGGAGAACAUAGUGCAUCAGGUGCCACUGCUGGCGGCCCAUCUGCAGUCCACGGCCUCCAAUUGGGGCUACAACUCGACGCCACAACGCCAUGCCUGUCGUGGCAUGCCCGACAACAAGUGUGCCCUGCCGCGUGGCAAGGUGCUGGGUGGCACCAGCUCCAUCAACUAUAUGAUCUACAAUCGGGGCAAUCGCAGGGACUUCGAUGCCUGGGCGGCAGCUGGAAACCCAGGCUGGAGUUACGACGACAUCUUACCCUACUUUCUGCGGAGUGAGCAUGCGCAGCUGCAGGGAUUGGAGCAAUCGCCAUAUCACAAUCGCAGUGGUCCCUUGAGUGUGGAGGAUGUGCGUUACCGCUCGCGACUGGCGCAUGCCUACAUUCGAGCUGCCCAGGAGGCGGGUCAUCCGCGAACGGACUACAAUGGUGAAUCGCAACUGGGCGUUUCCUAUGUGCAGGCCACCACACUGAAGGGCAGAAGGCACAGUGCCUUCCGUGCCUACAUAGAACCCAUACGAUCCAGGCGUCGCAAUCUGCACAUCCUAACACUGGCCAGAGUCACCCGUGUCCUGAUAGAUGCAGCCACCAAGUCCGCCUACGGCGUGGAGUUGACCCAUCAGGGCAGAAGCUUCAAGGUGAAAGCCCGCAAGGAGGUCAUACUAUCGGCGGGUGCCUUCAACUCUCCACAGUUGCUGAUGCUCUCGGGGAUUGGGCCAGAGGAUAACCUCAAGGCCAUUGGAGUGCCCCUAAUCAAGGCACUGCCCGUGGGUAAGCGAAUGUUCGAUCACAUGUGCCACUUUGGACCCACCUUUGUGACCAACACCACGGGCCAAACUCUAUUCGCCGCCCAAUUGGGCGCACCGGUGGUCAAGGAGUUUCUACUGGGCCGGGCAGAUACCAUCCUCUCCAGCAUCGGCGGCGUGGAGACGCUCACCUUCAUCAAGGUGCCAUCGGGCAAGAGUCCGGCCAGCCAACCCGAUGUGGAACUCAUCCAGGUGGCCGGCAGCUUGGCCAGCGAUGAUGGCACUGCCCUGGCCAAGGGAGCCAACUUCAAGCCGGAGAUAUACGAGAAAAUGUACAAGGAUCUGACGCUGACGCAGCAGGAUCACUUCAGCUUCCUCAUCAUGCACUUCAAGCCCGCCUCCGUGGGUCGCCUGUGGCUGCACAAUCGCAAUCCCCUCGAGUGGCCACGCAUCGAUCCCAAGUACUUCUCGGCUGCGGCGGAUGUGGAGAACUUACUGGAGGGCAUUAAGGAGGCCAUCCGCAUCUCCCAGAUGCCGGCCAUGCAGGCGGUUGGCACCAGACUCCUGGACAAGCCGGUGCCAGGUUGUGAGAGCUACGAGUUCGCCACGGAUGAUUACUGGCGCUGCUCCAUACGAACCCUAUCCUACACACUGCACCACCAGGUGGCCACCUGUCGCAUGGGCGCCGAGAGUGACCCCACCACCGUGGUCAAUCCUCAGCUGCAGGUGCACGGAAUGAGGAAACUCCGGGUGGUGGACACCAGCAUCAUCCCAUUCCCGCCCACCGCCCACACGAAUGCAGCGGCCUUCAUGAUUGGGGAGAAGGCGGCGGAUAUGAUACGAUCCGAAUGGAGUUGAUUAACGGCAGAUGACGAUCAUCAACAGAAACAUCGGCGAUUUAUGUAAAGGGGUUAAUAAAAUGCGAGAGGAAAGUUUGAAAGAAAGCCAACGGGUCAAAACGGCGCACGUUAAAAGCAUUUGACAAUUCUAUAAUAAUUUAAAUGAUUUUUGGGUUUCAUACAUAAGUAAUC